UUCCAGCUCUCAUUCCAAAACCAGUUUCGCUUCGAAUCACUUCUAAAUUUUCUCUGAAAAUUUUCGUGCCAAAAAAAAAUCAAAAUAAAAAAAAUUUGUUUCUUUUUAGACAUAAUUUUGGAUAACCGUCCUAUCGAAUAAUGUGUUCCCCGUGCGGUCCCUGUAGCCCAUGCGAUCCGUGCUGCGGCCCCUUCGAGUGCUCGCCCAAGUGCUACAAUGCCGCCCAGUUGGAGGCCCUGCCGCAGUGCGCCCCGCGCAUACCCCCACCGUUCCCGAAAUGCAUCACGGUCCAACAGCCGCCGCGCAUGAUCUGCAAGAAGCGGGUCGUCUUCACGGAGAAGAUCGUUCCCGAACCGAUGGUGGUGAAUCGAUGCAGGCAGAUCACCAUCCCCAAGGUCGUGGAUGCCACCAGGGUUAUCAAGGUGCCUAAGCUGAUUUGGGUCUCACAGAUGGUGCGGGAACCCAGGGUUAUCUACUACCCGUCCAUGAUUCCCGAUCCUUACGUGGUGUGCUACCCGAAGCGCGUCUGCGAGCCGAGGGAGGUGUGCCAGUCGAUCCUGUGCCAACCGAAGCCCCAGACCAUCGACAUUCCGCCGCCAAGGGAGUACUGCUGCUAUCCUAAUGGACCCAUCAACUACAAACCCAGCGCCGCCUGCCCGCCGUGCCCCAUUGGACCCUGCGCUCCAGGAGGACCCUGCUGCCCGCUACCCUGCUUCUCUACAUGCCAGUACCCUGUUGCCGAAGGGCGCUGUGGGCCUUGCGGACCUUGCGGGCCCGGCUGUGGACCUUGCGGACCCUGUGGUCCUUGUGGUCCCUGUGGACCCUGCGGACCUUUCGGGCCCUGCGGUCCCUGCCCUCCUUGCGGACCCUGUGGACCCUGCGGACCUUGCGGACCCUGUGGCCCCUGCGGACCUUGUGGGCCUUGUGGUCCUUGCGGUCCCUGUGGACCCGGCGGACCUUGCGGACCGCCAACUUGCGGUUUUGGUCCUUGCGGACCCUGCUAAGCCGCACAGUACCUGGAAUGUGUGGAACAUGAACCUGUCAUCCAUGAGCGUCAUUGGAAGUUCCGAUCCAAAGUUAUGGCCAGUCCGAAAUUAUGACUUUACAAGUUUCGUAUUUUUUCAAAAUUCUAUGGAUUAAAAGGUCUGAAAGGUGACUGUCAAAA